UUAAAGGUAUGCCGAGAAUCUACCCAGCAAUCUUCCCCAUAACCUCAGCUUGCACCAUUCCCUAGUUUGAACUCCAAGCAGUUCCAAAAGGCAUUGAGAUUCCUACAGUUAUCUCUCCACAUCUGUGACAGUCCGGUGAUCGUCCUUCUUACUCGAGGUCCAAGCUUCCUUCCAGAAUAGUAAACCAACAGGAGACGGAUGGACAGUGAUGACGUAUAUUUGGAGCUUAGAAGACAGCUAGACUUCUCCAAGAAGGUGGUCGAACGCUCUGAGAUUUAUUCGAAGCUAACCGACCAAUUAACAAAUAAUACUGCAGUCAAAUGCAGCAUUGCUCGUGUGUUGGGCUCUCACAAUCAACUUCCAAUGGUGAUUUAUGAGCUUGGAAGUAUCCAAUACAGUUGGCCAUCUCGGAUUUGCCUCUCCCUUGCACUUCUACUAAAAGAAAAUUCAGGAGGUCUGAUCGAAGGUAUCGAGGUUUUUGAACCUACUGCUACUCCUGUGGAGAGCAGAGUUAUAGAAGACCUGGGCUGCAGUAUCAGUUUAAUAAAUGAGAUGUGCCAAAGAGUUGAUAAGCCCACACUGUUUUUCCUCCAGUAUCCAGACAGAGUGCUUUUUGAGCAUUUGUUUGAGAUUAACUGGUGCCCGGAUCGAUUGAGCCAGAUGAUAGUCUUGGGUUACAGCUUUAAACGCAUGAUGGAGAGAAUUAAUACAUAUAUUUCAGAUCAAGAAGAGGAGGGCGUCACCGAGCAAAGGAAUAAAUUACAGAGGUUGAUUGCAAUCCAGAAGUAUGUAUAUGAGUUCAAUGUAUGUGAUAAAAUAAAGAGCAUGCAUCGAGGUGAGCUAUUGAUAGAAGAAGAAUGGGAACAACAAUGUGACGAUCCACCGAUGUGCGCAAGUGAGGCUAGUGGGAACAACAAUGCAGAGAUGGACUUUGAUAGAGAAGACAAUGAUGGAGAAGAAGGAAGGUCGAAUUCUGAGUUUGAUGAGUAUGAUGAAGGGAUUUUCUAUGUAAUGCUUUCAUUGCACUUUUUCAAGCUGGACCCUGACACCAACAUGGAAGCAUUGCUGCCAAGUACUUCGUCGAAGGGAAUUAUAAAGCUCGAUCAAAUGAAAAUCAGCCAUGAAAAUCCCUUGAGACAGAACCUCAUUGCUUCCUGCAGGUCUGAUGAUAAUUUAGAACCAAGAACUUGGGUUUAUCAAAUACCUUGGGAAAAGACCAAUAGCAUAACAAAUUCAGUUUAG